AUGGGUCGCAAGGAAGAGGAUGACAGCGGUUCCUGGAAGAAACAGACGAGCAACAUCCGAAAAACAUUCAUUUUCAUGGAGGCCCUGGGAUCAGGUGCCUUUUCGGAAGUUUUCCUAGUGAAGCAAAGAAGCACUGGCAAGCUCUUUGCUCUGAAAUGCAUCAAGAAGUCUCCUCUCACAAGGGAUAGCAGCUUGGAGAAUGAAAUAGCAGUGUUGAAAAAAAUAAAGCACGAAAACAUCGUGACUUUAGAAGAUAUUUAUGAGAGCACAACCCACUUCUACCUGGUCAUGCAGCUGGUAUCUGGGGGAGAGCUGUUUGACCGAAUUUUGGAACGAGGAGUUUACACCGAGAAAGAUGCGAGUGUGGUGAUCCACCAGGUCCUGACAGCAGUGAAGUACCUCCACGAAAACGGAAUAGUUCACCGCGACUUGAAGCCUGAAAACCUUCUUUACCUUACUCCCGAAGAGAACUCCAAAAUCAUGAUCACCGACUUCGGCUUGUCUAAAAUGGAACAGAACGGCAUCAUGUCCACUGCCUGUGGGACUCCGGGAUACGUUGCCCCCGAAGUCCUCGCCCAGAAACCAUACAGCAAAGCCGUAGACUGCUGGUCCAUUGGAGUCAUCACCUAUAUCCUGCUGUGCGGGUAUCCUCCUUUCUACGAAGAGACUGAAUCCAAACUGUUUGAAAAGAUUAAGGAAGGCUACUAUGAGUUUGAGUCUCCGUUUUGGGACGAUAUCUCCGAGUCAGCCAAGGAUUUCAUCAGACAUUUACUGGAGAAAAACCCAAACACGAGGUUUACCUGUGAAGAAGCCCUGCGGCACCCAUGGAUUAAUGGAAAUACAGCCCUUCACCGUGACAUAUACCCAUCUGUCAGCGCUCAGAUUCAGAAAAACUUUGCAAAGAGCAAAUGGAGGCAAGCCUUCAACGCCGCAGCCGUUGUGCACCACAUGAAGAAGCUCCACAUGAAUGGUCACGCGGCGGCUGAAAGCACCCUCCCCGUUAUACAAGUCUCAGAGGCGUCCAGACCCAACACACCCAUGGUGGCCACCCGGCCAGCAACGCCAAACGGAGACAAGGACGCAUCACUCCCUCUGGUCCCCACGCAGGGCUGUCCAAACCCUCCCACUCAACUGGAGCAAGAUGCAGGAACGAGAGAAGGAAAGCUGCAAAGCCACUCAGAGAACGGACCGCUGCCCGCGGGCAGCAGCCUGGUCCUGCCGGAUAACCAUAGCCCACCAACCAGAACUUCUUGUGGCUGCAGUCCAGCCUGCAUGGGGCACGAGAAAACGAAGACGUCCUUCUGCUCCGAGACAGUGCUUCUUAAAAAAUCUGCAAAAUCCCAUCAUUUCAAAUCAGAAGUUCUUGUUCCAAUGAAAACCAGUAAACACUCUUCUCACUGUGGCACUGGGCAAACUGGAGUUUGUUUGAUCAUGUGA